AAUGGCUUGGUCGGGAAAGGAGGGUUGCGGGGGAGUUGAGGCAACGUGGCCUGCAGGUGUGCGGUGAACGGUGCAGGAGUGCGGGAACUGGGAGAAAAGUGGGGAAGGAGCGGCCGCGGGAGGGUCACCGCUUCAAAACCUCCCGUUGCCCGCUCGCGACUGGGCAGCGGCGCCCUGGCAGGUGUUCAAGGCCAGGCCAAGGAUGGCUGGACGACCCAUCCAUAUAGGAGACCAGCUGGUUCUAGAAGAAGAUUAUGAUGAGACCUAUAUUCCCAACGAGCAAGAAAUUCUUGAAUAUGCUCGAGUAAUUGGUAUUGACCCCGUCAAGGAACCAGAGCUGAUGUGGUUGGCGCGGGAGGGCUUUGUGGCCCCACUGCCUAUGGAGUGGAAACCGUGCCAGGACACCAUCACCGGGGAUAUGUACUAUUUCAACUUUGCCAAUGGGCAGUCCACCUGGGACCAUCCGUGCGACGAACAGUAUCGGAAGAGGGUGGUUCACGAGCGGGGGAAGCUGUCAGCUCCUGGGGCCGUUAAGAAGAAAGACAAGAAAAAGAAAAAGGAAAAGAAAGACAAGAAGGACAAAGAGGCUUCCAAAAAUGCUGUGGCUCUGGGUUCCUCAUUAGCCCCGAUCCAGGUUCCUCUUGGGGGCCUGGCUCCCUUACGAGGCUUUGUGGAUGCCCCACCCUCUGGUCUUCGAGGACCUCAAAACGUGAGUCGGGGGAGCUCUGCAGAGUCCGGUCAGCUUGGAGAAGUCCCGCUGCCUCCACAGGGUUUCAAGACUUCGGCUUAUACAAAGGGUCCCUUGGGCGCCAUGCACGAGAAUAAGAACACUCUCAGCCUCUUGGCUUUAGGGGAGGAGAUCAUUGAGGAUGAGGAGGAGGAGAGUGACAACCAGAGUGUUCGCAGCUCCAAUGAGCUCUUUAAGAACCUGCACCUAGAUCUGGGGUCCCUGGAAGGAAACUUUGAAUAUGAGGAGUCUCCAGGAACAAGUCCGCCUGCGAAGGAUGUUUCUCUUGAUUCAGAUUCUGCCGGCCCCAGUACUCCUGGAAAACUCCUCAGCCAGGGUGCAGACGGUAGUCUGAGCAGUGCUGCUGGCAAGGAGCCGCAGGACAGAAGGUCAAGUGUUCGGCUUCCAGGAAAAGAAGACAAUGACAAGAGCGAUCCUGCCGCUUUCACAUGUCCGGUGACCACCGGGAUGGACCCGGAGGUCAGUCAGCUUGCCGAGGCCUCUAGAAAGGACUCUAAGGAGGACCUGAUAGAUGCAGGAGAGGAGGGUUCCAUGAGGGAAGAGGCGGCAAAGGAGCUAAGGAAGGAGGCUCCUGCCCUAAAAGAGAGCAGAUCGGAGGCUGGUGAGGACUCUGAGGUUAGUGAACUUAUGAAGAAACCGCAGGUCUUGGGCCCCGUGGCUUCUGACUCCAAGUCCUUCCUUGGUCUGGACUUUGGUUUUCACAGCCGGGUCACAGAGGGCCUGCUGGAUGGUGAUAUGCUUUCCCCGGUCCUGGGUGGAGCCCAUAGGGAGACUCAGGGCUUAGGAAGAGGAGACCAGGAUGGCAACCAGUCCAGUCGAGCAGAGGUCCAGAGCCAGCGGUCCAAAGGCUCGGAGAGAGGGCCUGAUGCUGUUGCUCUGGCUCACCUAACCAGGCUGUCUCCUCCACUUCUACAUGGGGGGCCACCCCGGAGCCCCCUUCAUAGCCAGCCCACUGAAGAAGGGCCUCCAGAGAGCCCCAAGGGGCAGCCUGGGUGGAUGGAAGCAGGGGAGCCUGAGGAGGACUCUGUAGCUAGCCCCAUCCUGCUGGUGUCUGUCCAGAGGGAGCCGGCCUCAAGCCCAGCAGCUGCCCAUGAGAGGGACCAGGCCGAGAAUCAGGGCUCUGGGCAGGAAGAGACUGAGGAGCCCAAGGAGAAAGCAGCAGACAGCGCCAUUCCGCCAGUCUCUCCGGAGGUGCCAUCUGCGGAACCUUUGGGUCCCCCAAAGCACCUCCCAGAGCCUUCACGAAAGGCCAUGGAAGAGGCAGUGGCCCUGGAAUUUGAGGAAGAGCGGAGGCGGUUAUUGGAAUCGCAGCAAGAGAAGAUGCAGCGGCUGCGGGCAAAGCUGUGGCAGGAGGAGGAAGAGGAGACGCUGCAGCUUCGCCAGAAGAAGGAGCAGUCCCUCAGUGUCCUGAAGGAGCAGCUGCAGAAGGCCACCGAGGAGGAGGAAGCUCGGAUGAAAGAGGAGGAGGGUCAGAGGCUGUCGCAGCUCCGAGCCCAGGUCCAUUCUAGUGUGGAGGCAGAUAAGGAACAAAUCAGAGCUGAGCAGGAAGCCUCCCUGCAGAGGAUAAGAGAAGAGUUCGAGGCCCAACAAAAGGCCGAGAGGGCCAGCUUGGAGCAGAAGAGCAGGCAGACACUUGCACAACUCAGGGAAGAGCUGGAGGCCUCGGAGGAGAGAGCACGGGCCGCCCUGAAGGCCGAGAAGGAGGAGGCUUUGCAGCAGCUGAGCGAGCAGCUGGAGGGGAAGAGGAAAGAAGCAGUGGCGGGGCUGGAGAGGGAGCACAGUGCCGAGCUGGAGCGGCUCCGUUCCUCACUGGAGGCCAAGCACCGGGAGGUGGUCUCUGACCUCCGGAAGAAGAUAGAGGCAGCUCAGCAGAAAGAGGUGGCCCAGCUUCAAGAGAACCUUGGGUGGGCAGAGCAGAGAGCUCACCAGAAGGCUCACCAGGUGGCUGAGUACGAGCAGGAGCUCAGCAGCCUCCUGCGAGAGAAGCGGCUGGAGGUGGAAAGGGAGCACGAGAGAAAGCUGGACAAGAUGAAGGAGGAGCACUGGCAGGCCAUGGCUGAGACCUGGGAGCUGUAUGAAGCUGAGGAGAAGAAGCAGCGGGCAGACCUCCUGGGGCGCCUGACAGCGGAGUUGGAGCGCCUGCGGAGGGCUCAUGAGCGAGAACUGGAGAUUAUGAGGCAGGAGCAGGACAAGCAGCUCGAGGACCUGCGACGCCGGCACCGGGAGCGGGUGAAGGAGAGGAAACUCCAGGACUUAGAGAUGGAACUUGAAACCAGAACUAAAGAAGUCAAGACCAGAAUGGCUCAGCUGGAUGUCCAGGAGGAGACUGCCCCGAAGGAGAAGCAGCAGCUACUUGAUGCACAGAGGCAGGGGGCCCUGGACAGUGAGGAAGCUACAACCACUCAUCAGCACCUGGAAGAGGCAAAGAAAGAGCACACCCACACGAUGGAGUCCAGGUGGCAGCUCCGAGGCAUUCUGGAUGAGCUGCAGGCCCGUAAGCUGGAGCUGGAGUCUGAAGUGGAUUUUCUGCAGGCGCAGAGUCAAAGGCUGCAGAGACGCAUCAGGUGGUGUGGGCAGCCUGCACCUGGCCACCGGCCAGCCCCCUCUUGCUUAUUGCCUGACUGCUGCUGCUCUCAGGCCCCAUCUUAUCAGAGUCUGGUUAAUAAGGAGAGGCGGGGAGCCCAAUGUGAAGGCCAGGCAGAAAGAUGUGUGUCCGCUGCAUUUUGCAGGGAGUCCCAUGCUGGAGCUGUGAAAAGCAGGAUCCCUGCUUCUGUUUGUGUCCCAGCCCUGCCUGGUGACUUUGACGGGGCUGAGGGCAUGGGAAUGGGCUUGGUAGUGUGCUGCCUGGCCUCCUUCAUCCCGGGACUCUGCCUCACCUCCUACCCGCUCUCCCGUCCCUUCCACAGCAGCCUGGAGGCCGAAGCUCAGAGAAGGCAGAACAUCUUGAGAGAGCUGGCUGUUGAGGCAAACAAUUCUUCCACACAUUUUGAGUCAGAUCUCUAUAUUGAGGACCUGAGGAAAUCACUUGGGACAAAGCAGCCCCAAGAGGUAUCCUCCCCUUUCUCCCAGAACAAGGAGGAGACCAUCCUCUCCUCAGACAGCAUCCGGCACUACCUCUCUGCUGAAGGGAUGGCUGUCCGUAGUGCCAAGCAGUUCCUGGUGCGACAGACACGCUCCUUGAAGAGGCGGCAGACAGCCCUGAAAGCUGCACAGCAGCACUGGCGCCAUGAGCUGGCCAGUUCCCAGGGGGAACCUGGUGACCUGCCGGGCACCAAGGCCCUAGGUGAUGUGCGCAAGAGCCUGGAGGAGGAGACCAGGCACUUGGAUGAGAUGAAUUCAGCCAUGCAGAAAGGCCACGACCUGCUAAAGAAGAAAGAGGAGAAGCUGAACCAGUUGGAGACCUCUCUCCAGGAAGAGGCCUUAGAUGAGGACAUUCUGAAAGGGAGCCCUGCCAAGAAAGUAGUGACCUUCGACCUUAGUGACUCAGAAGAUCUGAGCAGUGAAAGUUUGUCCUAUCCUCUGCCUUCCGGCACCUCAACCCCAAGUCCCGUCAUCCCCAACAAGAUCAGUUACCUGAGCAGCUCCCUGCAGCGGAUCAGCAGCGAGCUCAAUGGCGUCCUCAGCGUGCUGGGCAGCCUCAGCACCCCGCCGCCGCCGCUGCCUCUCUUCACCUCCUCGCCGUCCUCCAAGAGCUCCUCCGUGCCCGCCUACUCCUCCCUGAACAGGGCCUCGGCCUCGUCCGUGGCCGCAUCCACGUCCACCCAGUGGGCUUGGGACCCGGGGCUGGGCCCCCAGCUCUCCUCCUCUACGGCACAAGCAGUGGACGACUUCCUGCUGGAGAAGUGGCACAAGUAUUUUCCCUCUGGCAUCCCCUUGCUCAGCAGCUGCCCUCCCUCGCUGGAGAACAGGCUGGGCUAUCUGUCUGCCAGUGAGCAGCUCCGCCUCCUGCAGAAGCCCCAUUCCCGAAGCCCAGAGGUGGGCAGCACCAGCAUCCAGAGCAUGAUCAGGGCCAACCGCCAGUGGCUGAACCGAUUCAAGAGAGACCCCAAAGUUCAUCUCUUCUCUGUCCCCAAGUCCACAGCCACUUCAGACCUGCUGCAGCUGGACCUGGAUGAAGACAACAGACUGCACGUGUAUCGCUGUUGAGCCCCAAGGUGGGCUUGGCAGCUGUCUCCUCCCCAGAGCAAGUGCCUAAGCAGCUGCCUGCACUUUAUUCCAACAGACAACGUGUCUGUCCUCCGCUGCACCCCACUCAAGACCUGGAGGAAUCUGGAGAUGGGGGGAAGGGUGGGAUGAUUAGAGAGUCAGCCACAUUCUGUGAGUGAGCACCCGACCUCGGGCUGAAACAUGUGGAUUUACGUGAGCUGGUGCAUGAGUUGGCAGUACUGAGGAGAGGCCUCAGGGACAUGGGCACCUUUGGGACAAAGGGUGGCAUUCGUAGAGCUGCCUUGGAGCUGAAGGAAUCAGCUUCUGGAGUAGGACUGGCCCCAUGGCCCACCAGGCCCUGCUGGGGUUCACUCACCAGGACAUGGCCUCCCGGUAUGUUUGUGCUCUGGGACAUGACUCUUCUGGGCCAGCCUCUAUCUUCAAUACCUCAGCCUUCAUGAGAUCACAUCCUUUCUUUUUCCUUUAUUCUUGAAUGUCUCUUUUCUGGGACAUUCCAGCUUUCCUUUUGAUGGUCUCAGGUCUGGGCUUAGCUGUGCAGAGCCCUGCUAGAAGUUGGAGACUGGCCCCGGGAGGUUUGGCCUCUUCCCCGCUUCCAGCACCACGCUUUCCUCGGGUCUUCGAGAGUGUCAUCCCCUUCCCUCUCCUGGGGCUUCUUCCAGCUCGAAUCUCAGGUCACAUGCCCAUUUUUCCAGGAAGCUGGAAGCCACAGGAAAGAAUGGAUGGCUCUGGCCCUCAUCAUAGUUUUCCUUUCCCAGAACACCUUGGGUGCAAUCGUGGCCCGGUUCCCAUCUAUCUUUUCCACCUAUUCCACCUCCGUCCAAUCCCAGAGCUUGGCAUGAGAGCUGGGCAAGUGCCUGUCACUGGCAGGUAGGGGUCUUGUACCAGGCGGAACUGCCACCUUGCUGGCACAGCUUCUGGCAGACCCACUGCCCCCAGCCAUUGUCGGGAUCCUGUAGGGCUGCAGGGAAUGUUCUCUUGACAUCUGUUCUGUGGCUUAAACAAAUGCCCCAUUUUUUAAUCUUGAAAGCCGUGGGGUUGCCCUCGCUUCUCCAACUCAUAGAAACCAAUUCUCACCGCCCCACCUGUCAUUUGUUUACUAUAGAGAAAGACCUGAAGGUCCAGUAGCUUUAUUACCCCCUCCCAUAUUUUCUAGGCGGCAGCCUACUACACACAAAAAGUCUUCUGUUAUUUGGCUCAGUCUGUGUGCUUUGGAAAUCGCUCAUGUGAUACAACCGACUCUGGCAACAACCUUGUGUUUUCUGCAUCCAUUAAAUCUUUGCAGGUUCUUUUUCUAUAA